AUGGUUUCUCAGCUGCUACCAGAGGAUAAGUCGUUGUCGGACAUCAAGUUUCGACGCCGGAGUAAGAGCCAAGUAGGGGCUGCUCUGGAUUUCAACGACAUUCUCUUCCCCAAGGUGUAUGAUCAGGCCUGGGGUACCGUUGAGAAUGGCAGCGAAAAGGCUGGUGAGAUUGAAAGGGCGAGGGUCUUUCUGCUUCGAAUAGGGAGAAUGGACCCCAACCCAGCAGUUUUCGAAAAGUUGCGAGGCAUCGUGUCGAAUACUUCAACAAAUCGCACCAUUCCAGCGAUAGCUGCGGCUGUCAAAUCCAUGAUAUUUGGUGACCGGCAUCAGUCAUUCAGUACUACCCCGAUGAUGCAAUGCAUUCGGUUCAUGCUGAUUAAGACCGGAGUACCGGAUUUAAUGCUCUCUGAUCGCUCGCGUGCGGUGGUAGACUUCUUCUUCGACCCUACUCUGGAGCGAAAUCUCAACCCAUUGCCCCCGGGAGAGGUGGUUGUCUACAAGUAUCCCGCUGGGCGACUGAAAGUAGUCAUUAUCGGUGGUGGUCCUACAGCUCUCGCAUCAGCAAUAUCUCUUGCGGAGAAGGGACAAGGUAGUAUACAGGUUCACAUGUACGAGAAGCGAUGGGUUCAGAAGCAAGCAGCCAAUGGAACUAGCUACGUUGACUAUCCGCCGACGGCAAAGCGGCGAGAUCAAGUUGUCACACUGCAAGACUCUGUAACCACACUGUUAAGUAAACCGUCAUAUGAGGCUUUAUUCGCUGGUCGACCAGAAAGAGUGUGGCCGGCUUCCGCUAACAUCCAAAUCCGAAAAGUGGAAGAUCGCUUCCUUCGACGGGCGCAGGACCCCGAGUUCAAAAAUCUUAUUCAUUUGCACUGUGAGGAAAUGACACGGGAACGUUUACACACAGUGGGCGAUUUCCACGUACUCCUCGGAGCAGACGGUGCUGCGUCAUGGGUUCGUGGGUCAUAUUUCAACGGAUUCGAGAACGAGCGAGGGAGAAGUUAUGCGCUUGGUCUGGCUUUUGAUAGACCAGCUGGUUUGCCAUGGUCACAGCCACUCAAUGUAUUCCUUACGUUAGGACAGACCCGAUAUCUCCUAAAUGCGAGCGACCACGACGGCCGAGGAUACCUGAACAUGCAGCUUACGGAGGAGGAAUGGCACAAAAUGGUAGCAGUCAAUGGACAACCGGUACAUUUUGGUCGUCCUGGCUGUCUAAGGAAAUUGGAUGGAACUAUACCUGACGGCUUCGAGGAGGACCAAGUGUUUGCGCCGUCAGAGGAUAGAGACAGCCCCUUGUGGAAGUCCAUCUCAGACGGACUAAAGCUCUUUGGAUUCAAAGAAUCUGAAGUCAUCAACGUGGUGCGAAUCCCCAUUGUUGUCCAAGCCGUGACACAAGGCACCCAAAUAUUACCCACGUCGGAUUCUCAAUCCGUGAACCGUCCCCACGCCCUCGUUGCCGUGGCAGGUGACGCAGCCAUGACUGUUCACUUUUGGCCAGGACGAGGCCUCAAUAGUGGAAUCAAGGCCGGUCUCGCGUUAGGUGACGAACUUGUUCACGCCUUGAAUAACGGCAAGUUUGUGGGCAUGCCGCUGGAUGCCAUGAAAGAGUACAACGAUUUCAUCUUGAAGCUCCAGGGCCGUGAGCAUGACAAGCGCAGUAUUCCCAUCCUCAACCAGUCUGGAACACCAGAAAUGCUGGGCUGGCUCUUACAAAGAGCUAACACUGUGCCGGAUAAUGUUGCUGUUGAGUGGUUGGUGGGUGCCAUGACACAGAUUGCAGAGAGGCUGCAGAGGCGCAGUGACUGGGCUUAUGGUGUCGUUGAAAACGUCGAACCGCAGCUACGCAUUGUGCUGCGUCAGCUUGAUUCAGUUACAUUGAGAGAAAUGGCUGUCAGCUUUCCCUGGCCGACGAGGGAGAUGGGUGGCGCUGAAGUCCUCCCCAUUCGCUCGAUGAAGGCGGAAGAGAAGCAGAGAUGGCUUCAAAACCUAUGGGGUCUACUCAAAGACGAGAAGAGUAAAGAGAGUCGAAAGGAAAAUAAAAGUCCUUCGAGGUUUGAUGAAGCUACUCGCGAGCGAUCGCCGUCAGCUUCUCGAUUCGAAGCUCCGCCAGUCAGCCAAGUUACUGCAGGCUUACGCAGAAGCAACGCCACACAAUCAGUCCGACAGAGCAGGAAUUUGUCUGUCCCUGGACAGCCGGCUGCGAGGGCUAGGUCUCCUAGCCCUGGGGGUGAAGUGACGCUGGGUCGCAUGCUUACAGUUCACAAGAAGCCGGCUGGUAAUAUGUUGGCUGACGCAUUAUCACUGGCGUUAUUCAGAGUAGAUGAUACCUCCUGA